GAAAAUCACAUUCCUCAUCUUCACCCCGGCAGCCAGCUGCGUUCACAUCCGGGCGGCUCUCUCGCUCGCCUUCAAUCGCAAUCCGCUUCCCUUCCCUGCGCUCUCCACCGGGGAGGUCUGUGGCUGCAGAAGAAACUCCCGAAUUCCGGGCCGUCCGUCGGCGUCUGGUAUCGGUCCAUUUAGGCGUUGCUUCCCCGCACAGCCGGUUGCACAUGACGCGGGCUCCGCCGAUGGUGGUGCACGGCGCCGAGCGCUCCCAGUCGGUGCGACAUCUUCGCGCUGAAGUAGCAUCGCUGGUUAACGUUAGCUAACAACAUCGAUCUCUCUGCUGCUCCACCCCCCUCUCCCUCCGGUCGACCCCCACUACCGAUCCGUCACAUCAACAGCUGAUUUAUAGCUAACACUGGACCACCGAGGGCCACCCACCUCCCCGACCGUCCAUCGGCUAGUGCAGGAAGCCCACCCGUUUCCUCCCCUGACGUUUCGGAUUUAGGGCCCGCAGAGAGUAGCUUCGGAAUUUCAUCCCGUGAUAUUUAGAUCACCGACCCUCUGUCCUCCUCCUCUGUGGCCUUUUAGGGGUCCGAUUCCUCUCUACCUCAACACCCUGCUGCCUCCCCAUCUGUGUGUGUAACCUCUGCUGCACUAUCACCCCGACUCUCAUCAGCCCCCCUCCCCUUUCCGAGCACCACAGACACCGGCUCUGCUGCUUCUGACAAUCCGACUAAGGAGCGCUGCUCGGCGCGCACUGACUGCGGCGAACCUCCGGCGGACAUCUCCGGUUCUCUCCCCAAAGCCCCCACCCCCAUCCCCUUCUCUCAAUCUGGCUGAAGAGGGAAGCUAGCAGGCUGGCCGGUUCCACUUGACACCCACACAGACAACAAAUCCAGUUACCGAUCUACCCAUACACCCCCCACCCUCUCCCGUUCCUGUUGGAUCCCCACCCCAGCAGAUCCGUGACACAUACUCCAGAGCACCCGAGCCUCGGGUCUCGUCAUGCCGGGUCCGGUGGCCGGUAGCAAGUCCCGUGUGUACGCUGAUGUCAACACGCUGAAGAGCCGGGAGUACUGGGACUACGAGGCCCACGUACCUAACUGGAACAACCAGGAGGACUACCAGCUGGUUCGAAAGCUGGGCAGAGGGAAGUACAGCGAAGUGUUCGAGGCAAUCAACAUCACCAACAAUGAGAAGGUGGUGGUCAAGAUCCUGAAGCCGGUCAAGAAGAAGAAGAUCAAGCGAGAGAUCAAAAUCUUGGAGAACCUGCGAGGAGGAACCAACAUCAUCCGACUGGUGGACACAGUCAAGGACCCAGUGUCCAGAACUCCAGCGCUCGUCUUUGAAUGCAUCAAUAACACAGACUUCAAGGAAUUGUAUCAGAAGUUGACAGAUUAUGAUAUCCGUUUCUAUAUGUAUGAACUACUGAAGGCUCUGGACUACUGUCACAGUAUGGGAAUCAUGCACCGUGACGUCAAACCCCACAAUGUGAUGAUCGACCACCAGUUGAGAAAGCUACGCCUUAUAGACUGGGGUUUGGCAGAGUUCUACCACCCAUCCCAGGAGUAUAACGUCAGAGUGGCGUCACGAUACUUCAAAGGCCCUGAACUCCUGGUAGACUACCAGAUGUAUGACUACAGUCUAGACAUGUGGAGCCUGGGCUGUAUGCUGGCCAGUAUGAUUUUUCAGAAAGAGCCCUUCUUCCAUGGACAAGACAACUAUGACCAGUUGGUGCGAAUUGCCAAGGUCCUGGGGACAGACGAGUUGUUUGGCUACCUGCGAAAAUACCACAUUGAACUGGACCCACGCUUCAAAGACCUGCUGGGACAGCAGAGCAGGAAGCGCUGGGAACAGUUUGUGCAGACAGAGAACCAGCACUUGGUGAGUCCUGAGGCUCUGGACCUGCUGGACAAGCUGCUACGCUAUGACCACCAACAGAGACUGACCGCCACAGAGGCCAUGGAGCACCCCUACUUCUACCCAGUAAUAAAGGAACAGUCUCUGUCAAACUCUGACAACAACAUGGUUUCCAGUGGCAACACAACAGCGCGAUGAAACGCAGAAGUGGAAGAAGAACGAUGUUUGUUACCUCAACUUUGUACCCAGUUGUGACAGUAACUUUGACAAGUGUACAGUGACAAUGGAUCAAAGUAACUCUGACCAGUUACACAUUCACAGAUAUGUGCAUACAGAUACACACAUUUACACACACGCACACACACACCAAUGCAAGCACAUCCACACCUGCGGACAUGUAUACAUACACCCUCCUCCUCUGUAUCAGUCUGCGAUUGGCUUGCCCUGGUUCCCUGUCCAGCAGCCUGACCAAUGAGCUUGAAGCUGCUCCCUCGUCGUCCCCCAACUCAUGUUUUUCCUCCCAGCUCAGUGUCAUGUAGGCCGACGAGGACAGACUACUUUUUAAGACAAUUCAGUCCUUCCUCUUCUCUCUGUCGUCCCUCCUUUAUGUCAUCCUCUCUUUGUUUGCAUCAGCAUGGAGAAUGAACAGGAGUGUGAGCCUGUACAAGUCCCAACCCCCCUCCCCUCCCAACCUGUUCAUUUAUCCGUCUGUUUAACCCCCCCAUCCUGUACCCCAACAGACAGACAGACGUCUUAGCACUACUCCAGUUCUGAAAGCGGCAUGGUGGACUCUCUCUAGAUAGAAUGAUGAUGAUAAUAUUAAUAAUAAUAAUAAUAUUAAUGAAAAAUAAAUGAUUUUUAUUUAGAUGAA